AUGGACGACAUAGUGACGGAUCAGAACCUGCGCUCCGUCUUGCAGAUCUCGCAGGACGCGCGCGACCAGGCCCUUGCCCUCGUCGAUCUCAUCGCCCAGCAGCAACAACAGCAAAACGGGGCCGACGACGAUGGCGCCGCGCAUGCCGCGCUGGCCAAGCUGCAAAAGCAGCUCAUGACGAACCUGUCGCAUCUGCGUGGCUUGCACCGCGCCGCCUUUAUCGCGGCCCGUGACACGAAGGCGAUGACGGCUGAGAAGCGGCAGGAGGUUGACACGCUUCACCUGCAGCUGCAAAACCUAUAUUACGAGCAGAGGCAUCUCGAGGGGGAGAUUGCGGCUUGCGAGGGCUACGAUCACAAGUAUCGCGAGCUCCCCCUCAUACCAGUUGAGGAGUUUUUAGCAUUGAAGCCAGAACUGGCAGACCGCGACGAGAACGAGCUCAUGGUCGCGAGGAUAGAGCAUGAACGUUCCGAGCGGCAGGAGAUGGAGAACCAGAGGCAGGACAUGCUCAAGCGCAAGGCCACGCUUAUAGCCGAGAACAAAAAAAGCAAGGAGAAACUGGCUAAUUUGGACCAAGAACUGGAGAAGUUCAUUGAUGCUGCGAAACCCAUCGAGAAGAUCUUUGAAAAUGUCAAUUGA